AGAAUAAUUGAAAAGAUUUAAAUGAUAUUGUAAAAAAUUGGGCCCUUCUCCUAUCCCAUUUGGCGGCUGGACCAGCCCACACCAGUAGGGUUAUAAUUUUAACUCUCACCUAAGAGACAGCCUCUCCUUCACACUUCAUCCCUCGUUAGUCGAAGUUGCCUAUCCUCAAAAGCAUGAAGAAUCCCAAAGAAAUGAGUCAUGGCACGACAGCUUUUGGCUUCGUAUACAUGGAUGCAGAUGACAUGGAGUUAAAGGUAAUCAUGGCGUCUGAUGGUCAAAUUGAUGGUAAAGAUUUCAUAGUUAGUGAUAAUUUCAAAAAGUAUUACCAAGAUGGUAAUGUGGUAGUUAUGAUUGCUAGCAACGAUCAAGAUUGCAAGGGCGCUAUACAGAACAUUCUCAAGAAACAUAAGGUUCUUCCGCAAAACUUUGUGGGUCUUGUUAAUGUGUUCAGCGAUGCGAUGGAGCCUACUCGUUGUGCAUCUUUUAUCAUAGGAGUUCUUGAUUCAAUUCGUCCGUAUGUAAUUGCAAUGCAUUCUAUGCUUAAAAUGGAUCAUACUACAUCAGACAUUGUGGGAGGAGCUGGAUUGGGUUGUGACCACGCACUUAUGGCCUUAGAGUAUCGGUCGUCAAGGGCUGUCAAAAAAUAUGUGGUGCGUAAACAGCAGUUUGACUCAGAUCCCACAAACCCCAUGGAGGAGAUACCAAUUGUGAGUGCUUCUCAAGCACUCAAAUGGGUGCACGAGGCAAUGGUUUAUGCGGCUCACCUUGAUAACAACAAGAUGGGUGGAAGUUUUUAUGAUGUGUUUUGUGGAGAGCUAGUUGAUGGGAGGGCAUCUUGGGAGCACCAAAGGUUUGAUUUUGAAGAAAUGAAAUGCUCUUUCCCAGAAUGUUAUUUUGAUUAUCUAGCAUCAGAUGGAGCCUGAUAAUUUGGAAGUGCAGAGUCAGAGUAUUAUGUACUACUCCUUCCGUCUCUAAAUGUUUAGAGUUUAUUUUUCCAAGCCAUAGGUUGCUGCCGCAAGAGUAGUAAUGCGUCCAAGUACGUCACUGAUAGAGGAACUCCCAAGUAACAAAAAUCUUUAAGAUACAACAAUACCACAAGCCUUGAUAUACAGAAAUACCACAAUCAUGUUCACUUGAAGUCAUAUUAGAGAUGAUGAUGACUGACAGGAUGCUACAAUUCACUCAAAAUGGCUAAUGUUCUGAAAUUGCUACAGAACAUGUUUUGUCAAAAAAUAAUACCAACAAAGGUUACAAUAUUAACAACGCAUGAGAACUAACAUUCUCUAGCGGACUCACUAAGUCUAAAUGGGCACUUUGAUUGGAUUGCAUGCUGUAAGAGUUUACCAAAAGUGCCACGACAUCAAAGGGGUAGUUUC